AUGAAGCUCAUUACACGGAACAAUUUUGAAGAAGUUUACCCCGAAUUUGUGGCUGCUCUUCAGGGUGCCUCAUACAUUGCCGUUGACAUGGAGUUCACGGGCAUUGAUCGGAGAGCCACAACAAACUUCCUACGACCACCAGAGGAAGCAUUCGAAGACAAGAUAGCGGCCGCUCGUCACUUUUCUGUAGUUCAGAUUGGCUUCAGUAUUUUUCGGGGUACUGAACUCCUGUCUCCUCAAAGCGGUCGGGACUCCAGGGGUGCCACCGGUGACCCGUCUGCUUCAAGCGCAUACAAGGAAACGAUGUUGAAGGAAUUGCAGUCCUUCCGUCCGCAGGACAGUGAUGUCCAAGGGUUGGUUGAGGUUUUGCAAUCUAUGGCAAACAAGGGGCGGGUGGAUCCUAAGGAUGUUUCCAAAAUGGAGGAUUUGCGAAAGAAAAUCAGGCAGAGGUGCUCGCAAACCAGCGCAGGCACCAUAUACGAUGAGUUGAGUGCAUACGAUGCGCUUGAUGAAGUGGAUAAGGCGAUUGAUCUUGCUACUCGCUGGGAAAAACGACUGACCUCCCCCAGGCGUCAGUUAUGGGCACGCAGCUACUCCUUUUACUUGCUUCCCGCUGCUUGGUUGGAUGAUCAAGAUCCCGAGUUGGUACUGUCGACGAAAACGAUGGAGUUCCUGCGGAGCAAUAAUAUGGAUUUAAACAUGUGGAUCUCCGAGGGGUUGUCCGUCGUUCCAUUCGAACCAUACGCGAGGGCGCGAAGGGCUGAUCGCAUUGCAGCUGAGCUAUCGGAUCCAAAAAAGGAGAUGGAUGCGAAGUUGGUUGCUCUGAGGCAGUGGAUGCAGGGGGUUACGGAUUGUGACAUACGGGAUCACUUGCUCGGUGAGUUUAACGAAAUUGAGAAUUUUGCUCGCAACGGUGAACUACACGAAAGCUUGGAAGUGUGCUUACCUCACCUCAGCCAAUCCCACCUAUCUAAAUUUAAUGCGUUGAUGCGGGAUUUGGGAUUGCGGGUCUCGAAGCGAAUCAUGAAGAAGUUACCACCGGAGGCUACGACUCAUGAAACCAUCUUUCGGAACCCGCGGUACUUCGGCACACGUUUGCUCUCCGCUCUCGUAACGGCCACUCGGCAGAGGCGCAAACCUCUCGUCAUUCACAAUGGUUUAUCGGAUUUGGCGUUCCUUUGCUGUUUGAUGCACAAAGAACCUCCGCAGAACAUCGUGGAGUUUAAGCGACUUGUGCGCGAAGUGUUCCCAGUGUUCUACGAUACUCGGACGUUAACAUGUGCACCUUCUUUGCAAAGCAUUAUCGGACUCACUGGACCUCUAAUGAAGACAUAUCUCAUCCUUAGCGAGCAAAACAAGACGGUAGAUAUUUAUCAUGAUGCGGCGAAUAAUUUUUCUACAGAUGGUGGACCGAAAGAGCAUGAUGCAGCCUGGGAUGCCUUUAUGACAGGCAGUCUCUUUGCUUUCGCGCAGCAAGAGCUUGCGCAGGUGAAUGCAGAUUACCGCCGCCUGUGCGGCAUCACUCCAGUUCAUGGUUGCAUAUUUAGUGUGCACUUUUUGGAUGACAAUGAAGACUGUCUUGUCCAACCACGCUCGGCAGCAGCUUAUUUACUUCACAGAAGUGAUAACCGUGGCUUUCAUACAGAUUCCCUUCGUGACAAAUUUGGCACCCUCGUUAAAUGCGUUACUUUCAUGUAUAAUGGGGAUGACUGCCUCGUCACAAUUUCGGAUGCUGCGGUGUCAAAAAGAAUGUUAUCUCAGAUUGAGCAGAUAUUGCAUAGCUGGGCACAGGCACAGGGUUAUUCUGUAACUGCACUAGAUGUGGAGGGUCAGAUGAACAGGCAUCGGAUCAAACAUUUGACUGAGAAGUAG